CCAGGAUUUGGAAUAAUGAAAGAAGAAACUAAAGGCACUGGAAAUCAGCUCAUUCAGUUCAGCGUCUCUCCUGCCUUCUCCAUGCAGCAGGUCAUCAGUGUCUGGGUUCGAGACCCGCGGAUACAAAAGAAUGACUUUUGGCAUGCCUUCAUAGACUAUGAGAUUUGUUUGCAUACCAACAGUGUAUCCUUCACCAAGAAGACAUCAAGAGUAAGGAGAAGAUAUAGUGAGUUUGUCUGGCUCAGACAGAAACUACAGGCAAAUUCACUCCUAAUGUUACAACUACCACAGCUUCCACCCAAAAACCCUUUUUUUAGUCUAAACAACGCCCAGCAGGUUGCAGAUCGGAUGAAAGGACUCCAGACAUUUCUGGAAAAAAUCCUGCAGAGCAAUCUGGCGCUCUCAGACAGCUGUCUGCACCUCUUCCUUCAGUCCCAGCUGAGCGUUUCUGAAAUAGAGGCCUGUGUUUCUGGAAAGACAAGCUUUUCUGUGGCUCAGGCCGUCCAUAACAGCAGCCUGAGGAGAUUUCACUCAGAGGAGGACCUGAGAAAGGACCUUACCGUGUCCUGUGACUCUGACUCAGAUAGCUCAGAAUGCAAAGAUUCAAGGCACCAGAAUAAGGACUUGGCAUUGAACAAAUCGAAGAGUGCAGUCACCCUUGAUCUAACAGGGACCUGCUAAAAGGAGAUGCUUAGCUGCUCGUCUGAUUCUACACAAAAACAGAGGACUUUGGGACAGAAGCUUGAGUCUGUCUACCUGAUUCUCAUCCAUCUCUCUGAAUUUGCAAUAGCUAAAAGAGAAAGCUAGCUGUUACCCUGCCUGGCAACACAUUUUCAACAUUGUGAAAUUCAAACACAUUGAACAAAAUCAAUGAUUAAUUCCAUAUGUGCUGUAAAGAAUGGCUUACAAAGGUAUUCAUAACCCUUGAAAGUCUGUGUUUAGUGUUGUGACCUCCAAUCUCUGUAUAUUUUAUUGAUAUUUAAUGUAGUACAUCAAGAAAUUUCAGGAUGUAAUUGUGAAAUGGAAGGAAAAUAAUAACUGGUUUUCAACUUUUUUACAAAUAAAAAUUUGAGGUGAUUGUGUGAGUGUAUCCAGCCCUAUUUACUCUGACAACCUUAAAAAGUUCUAACGUAACAAAAUGUUUAGAGCGGGGCUAGGUUGAAAAUAUACAUGUACAGGAAAAUAUAUGACAGGAAAAAUAACAAAUAAUAAUAAUAAAAAAAAAAUCCAACAAAUGUACCAUCUCCAUAGUGAAACAUGGUGGUGACAACCCAAAACCUCUGCAGCAGGAACUGGAUAGUUAAGGGCUGUGUAUGCUCCCGCAGCAGUGUGUCACAGUUAGCUUGUCGUAGCUAUGACGCAGAUAUUUGUGAUUUAUGCCCAAUUUUUAAACGGAUUUUGUGCUAUGUUAUUCCAUGCCGCAACACAAGAGGGACAAUCCCAAACUAGCUAGGAUUGUGGGUGUCUGUGUGUCGGUUUUGCCGUCUACAACACCUCAUCCAACGCCAGACACAGUUAAUCUGUGAAUGUUCCCAAAAGACUGGCCGUGGCGCUGCAUGUUUUGGCUUCAGGUGCAAACCAAAUGACAGUCUCACAGAGCUACAAACUAGCAUCCUGCACGGUGUCUGGGAUAGUGUCCUAGGUGUGCCAGCCAUUGUGGAUGGCACUACAGCCAGAGUUUCUGCCAUUACGUACCAAACAGGAAAUACGCAUAGUAUAGAAUGGAUGUGAAAUUGACCAAUCAGAGGCCUCCUGUCUGCGGCACUAUCUGCUGUCACCUACAAUUUUGGAGAGGUGCAGCAGAGUGUCUGCGGCAGGGACAGAGGCACUUUGGCAUUCACUGUGACACACGCAGACAAUCUGGUUUCUGAGUAUAAAUCAGCCUUUAGUCAGAGGUGAAUGGGGAGAGAGACAGAGCAAGGACCAGGCAUUACUAAAGGAAAAAAUUUUACUCUUGAAAACACUAUAAGCAGACCAAAAGCCUAUAAGCUUCAUAUUUAAAACGUUUUUAAAGCAUGUCCAGAUGUUAAAGGAGCCCUAGAAGCAUUGACUUUUUUAACAUCGAGCAUCUGUCGCAAGACUUAACAAUCGCUAUUCACAAAUACUCUCUGUCCAGUUUGUCCAGUUAGACUGAGCUCCAGCUAUUCGAUAAGAAGCAUGAUGGAUAAAAAUAUUAGUGUGUUUAUGUUUAAAGCUGAUAGAGACCUACCCCUAAAAGUCCUGCAGCUGUGAUUGCAGCAAAGGUUUUUAGAUAAAUACAUUUGCAGCCCACACUUUUCAGAUUCCUAAUUGUAAGACUUUUUUUUCCUUUUUGUUGGUUUGUCAUAAAAGACUUCACUUUGUGGUUGAAAUUGAUAAAAUACAUAAAAUAAUCAAAGGGUGUGAUCACUUUUUUUUUAGAAGAACAAUUUGAUUAUUCAUUUUGUUUUAAUCUAUUAUGACUCUAUCCUUCAUGCAUGGUAGGAAAUGUGUAAUCAAGCUGUGCCUGAGGAUGGCAGUGUUGUCACGGCUUGUAAAUGUGUUUUCUUAUAAAUGUGCUGUAGCUGUGUAGCGUCAUUUCCUUAACUAAUUUUUACAGAAGCAUCAUAAAUUCUGCUCGUUUGUAUGAUCAAAGAGUGCCAUUGUUUUGGAAUCAGAGUAUAAUAUCUCAAGCAGUUGCAGCCUGAUCUCAUUGUGUAGGACCCAAAGUGAGGGAAGCUUGUCAUCUGGUGGCCACUUCAGUGCUUAGUAGUAUGACAUGUUUAAUAGGGUCUCAGCAGAGUUUCACAACAGCACCCCCUGUCAGGUGUCUGACGGGUAGGAAGUCUUCCUCCCUCCCAGUGGACUCAGUUCUGUCUUAGAAGGCCACCAGUAAGACAAGGAGCAUUGCUCUCUGCCAAGCAAAAGGCCAGCUGUGCUGACAGACAGCUUCUUUAAUCCAUAUACCUUGCUUUGUGUUAGUCACCUGUUCCCUACAGCUGUUUUGGUUACUUUGUGUGUAUUCAGAAAUGGGUGUGUGUGCCACAUUUGAGUUAGCACAGCCAUGUCUAUGCAAAGGUAAUGACCACUAAGUGAAGACAUGCUGACAUUUCUGCACGGCUAAUUAUAUUAGCUGUUUCUCUGAGCAGCAUCUGAGGAGUUCAUUAUAAAUUCAGAUUUUGCUGGUGUUAUGGAGAAGAGAUGCAGGUGCCUGACCUUUUCUGAAGAUAUCCAGUCUUCGAUACGUGCACUCGCAUAUGAUAACAUAAAACCUGCAUGUAUCACCUUUGUUUUAAUUUUGAAGUUGUAAAAUAAAAUAGAAAACAUC